GCAGCUUUUUCAAGUAGGCCAAAGACGACCAAAUUUUUGGUCACCAUAAAAUGCCAAUUUGAGAGAGAUUGUUCAGUUAAAUUUUCUCCCACAAAUUCUUCUUUCUUUGUCAUAGUUUCACAUUAUACUCAAUUGGGUUCCCAGAAAAUCGAUCAAUACACACACAUAUAUAUACAUAUAUAUAUUUAUAUGAUAUGAUGAUGAAGCAGGCAACAAUGGAAGAUCAUAAGUUGGUGAACAAUAAUAAGAUGAUGAUGAUGAGAGCUCUGGUGGUGGAUGAUAAUGUGGUCAACCAAACACUUCACCGGAGACUCUUACAAAAUCUGGGCAUUCAAAACCAGGUCGUUGGAAAUGGCAGAGAAGCCAUUGAUGUUCAUUACUUGGGCAACAAAUUUGACCUCAUUCUUAUGGACCUUGAUAUGCCUAUCAUGAAUGGCAUUGAGGCCACAAAGAAACUUAGAGAAAUGGGUAUUGAAAGCACAAUAGCAGGAGUUUCAUCACAUUCAUUAGAUGAAAAUAUACAAGAGUUUGUGGAAGCUGGCCUUGAUGAUUAUCAACAGAAGCCCUUAACUUUCACCAAGCUACUUUCCAUUCUCCAGAAAGUCAAUCAUCAUGGUUGACUUUUUUUUUCAAUGAAUUUUAAUAAUUUUACUUUGGGAAAAAAAAUAGUACCAUUAAUUAUUGUUUCAAAGCAAUGUAUUGACCCUUUUCAAUUGUUGAAUGAUUUAUAAUUAUGAGGAUAUGCUUAGAUCAAACUAUAUAUCUAUAUCAUUGUGUUUAUCUUGGCUUCA